AUGGACUUCUACCCAGGCGGCGGAGGUACUAGGGCAGAGCGUGAGAUGGGCAACUCGCCGUAUAAGGCUUGUUGUGCAAAGCAGGACCUGAAGCAAAUUGUGUUUGAGUGCGAAAUGCCCGGUGUGACCGAUUUCGAUAAUCCCGCUUAUCCGCAUAUGGAAAGCGACUCAGGGCAUCAUUGGAUGAUUAGUCCGUUAAUGCUCGACAAUAUCCUUUGUGCAUUCCGAAUGUCGACCUUCGAGGCCUUGGCGGAGGUUGCAAUCGAUGUAAUUACCAGCGCAGGCAAAAUCCUGGCAGGACUCAAUGCUGCCGUUGUUGUGGCGGAGAUUCUCGAUGAGAACUCGUUGGCCCCACAAGAAUAUUUCAAAGAGUCCGUUGGAAAGGGAGCAUCAACAGCGCGAGGCGUCAGCAAACGAUACAUACAGAAAGACAUGAAGCUCUGCAAAAAGCUUGACAACGACGACUGUGGUUUCAUUGACAAGAACAAGGACAAGCACAAGGACAAGAACAAGACCGCUACUAACGACAAGCAGAAUCCUACCACCACUGAGAAGGACGAGCCAACCAACUGUGAAAAAAAGCUGGAUCCAACGACCACCGACACGGGCAAGGACAACUGCAAACGCGCUGCCGAUGGUGGUGGGUGUAGUACGAAGCAUGAUUCCACGAUAACCAAGUGGCAUUCCGAGCUCAGAACUAUCUCGAAGACCUGCUAUGAAAAUCAUUGGUCGCAGGAUUUUUACAACUGUUACUCGGCGGGGCAAAACCAUGCCCAUAUUGACAACUGGUUCACUUGCAGCGAGAGCCACAAUCACGACGAAAAACGGAAGAAGCGCAGCGCUGUGACUCAGUGGAAGAAACAGCACUUUUCUGGCAAGGAAUAG